GUGACAGAGAAAUUUACGUCAAUGUGCAUGAUUGAAAAGAAUAGGUGCACCUCUUGAUGUUAAUCAGUCUUCUGAUACGUGUUAUUUCUAUUGUGAUUCCGGACUUAGUAAUAUUGUUAAAGUAGAAAUAUAUAACGAUAAGUGCGUGUUUUUCUCACUGGAAUCUGGAUGUUUAUAAGAAAAUUAAUGAUGCAUAUAAUACAAAAAAUGAAAGUGGCAUUACUUGUUUGUCUUUUCGGUACAUUUAGCGCUGCAAAUGAAGCAAAAUGUAGCAAGCAAGGAUACGGCGGACCAAAUUGUACUUUCGAAUGUCCUUCAAAUUGUAUGUUUCCGUCAGAGAAUGACACAGACACCUGUAAUUAUACAACGGGAGAAUGCUUGCACGGCUGCAAUCAAGGUUAUGCUGGACAAAACUGUUCUGUUGAAUGCCCACAAAACUGUGCCCCUUCUGGCAACAGCGGUGACGAGCUAUGUAGUGCUACGUUUACACAGUGUUUAUUUGGAUGCAAUGAGGGAUUUUAUGGGCCAAACUGCACAAACUAUUGCACUGACAAAGACAGCAACUGCAAACGGUGCACUGAAAACGAUGGAAACAGUGGAGUGGUAUGCAACGAAUGCAGUAAAAAUUUCUACCGAGGCAGUGGUAAAUGUAUACAGUGUAGCUACUGGUGUCAAAAAUUACCGAGUCCUUCACCACAGUGCAGGGAAAAUGAUGGAUAUUGUAACUACGGGUGUAAAAAUAGCCGUUUUGGUUUUAAAUGUGGUUCACGCUGUAGCAACACCUGUGAGAGUAGUUGUCACAGAGAUAGUGGAAAAUGUGAUGGAUGCAAAUAUACUAGUUACUGUGGACCAACUUGUGAAAUCGCUUGCCAAGAUGGAUGUGCAUUACAGCAAUGUAAUCAGUCUUGUGAUUGUAUAAAAGGAUGUAAUAUUGAUAGAUGGGGGAGGAAAUGCGUUAACCAGUGUAGUGAAAACUGUUUCAGACCUCAAGAUGUUGACUCUAGAAUAUGUAAUCAUAGUGACGGGACUUGUCUGUAUGGAUGUAAAAACAAUAAAUAUUGGGGUGACGAGUGCGAUGUUUCUUGCUCCGAUGGUUGUUUAAACGGAACAUGUCAGCAGGAAUCUGGAAACUGCACGGUAGGAUGCACAAGUAAGACUGUACAUGGCUUGCGUUGUGAUACUGUAUGCAGUGAAAAUUGUCUAAAUGGUACGUGCGAGAGAGCCGAUGGAUACUGCGAUGAUGGAUGUAAUAUUGGAAGCUAUGGCGAACGCUGCGAUAUAACAUGUAACAGAAACUGCAUUAGUGGCAAAUGUAAGAGAGAAAAUGGAUUUUGUGAUAACGGCUGUGAAGCUGGCAACUACGGAGAUCAGUGCGAUUUAGGUUGCAGUUACAAAUGUUUGAAUAAUAGAUGUAAAAGGACAGACGGUAACUGUACUGAUGGGUGUAUAUCGGGAUACGAAGGACCGUUCUGCGAAAAGGUCGAUGAAGCUAACAUAAUAUAUUAUUAUAUAGAAGAAACCUCAGUAGUAAACAAAACACUGGUUGGCGUUGCUGUGAGUGCAUGGUUGUUGCUCCUAGUAGUACUUGCUGUCAAAGUAAUAAGGAGGCGAUAUCAUAUCAAACGAAAAGAGACGGCGAAUGAGGAAAGGAUACCGCCAGUUAGGGACCAGUACGAAUGUAUGACUUCACAGCGCGAACAAAGGGAUACAGCUGACGCGGCAAACUAUGAAGUGUUAGCGCAUGAAGGAGGGAAAAACCGAGACAACUUUUUGUGAUACAACAUGGAUGGUACGUCCAAUAUUUAGAUGUAUUCUAACAUUACUUUACCUGGUAAGAUUUUUUUUUGGAAUUUCUUCUUUUUGUUGUUCCUGUCCUUUGGGCUUCAACAGUCAAGUUCUUUAAAUUUUGCUUCCAUUCUCUGAUGUAACCCUUCGGACGUAUAUUGCCCCGCUUGGCGGCGCUCUUGUUUCAUAUUAAAUGGCAUAACGAAAAGCUGUUGAACCCUUAUAAAGUUACAAAUGUAUAUAAAUGCAUGCAGGUGCAUAUCAAACUCCAAAAAACAAUGUUUAAUUUAGCUUUUUGUCAUUUCUAAUUGUUGGAUAUACAUUUCACAUUCUAUUGUAUCAAAUUUUCUGUAAACCAAGUAAUCAUCAUUGAGUACAAAAAUUAGUUUAGCUAAUAAGCCAAAACAUAAAUAUCUGAGGUAACAUUUCUUAAUGUUGUAAAUGUUUUAAAGGAAGUUAUGCAUUGUAUUCUGUUUUGACACACUAAUUAGUAAACUUUCUAGAUAGACGUCAGCACAACCUUUAAAUUGUCAGUGUAAAAGAUAAUGGUAAGGGUAGAUUUCCCGGAAGCACAGAGCACCCCAAACACAACCAUAGAGCAAUGUAUCGCAAAAAAGGGCCCACAACAAAAGAAGCUGAACGGAAAAAUAUUGUAGACGGAUUGCUUCAAAAGUCCAUCAACAAGUACAUUAUACACAUAUGCAAAAUACAGAAAAUGUGGGCUGGGUGGUAAGGGGUAGAUUAAAGGGUCGGAUGUUGGGGAAGGUGGAGAAACGAUGAAUAUUAGAUAGGGAGAGCCACGCCUAUUAAUUAAACGUAGUAUUCCUACAACGUCGCAGACACGCACGCACAAAAGACAAACACACACAUACAGCCAGCACAAUUACACAAGCAAGAAAACAGAUCACUGUGGGGCACCGCCCAUGACACACACACUCACACCCACACACACACACAAGAGAGUGAAAGCAGAAGAAAUCGCGAGGGACGGUAAUUCUGCGGGGAGUAUGGAUGGUGAAUGGAUUCGUUCGGAUUGAGCGGGAGGGAGGGAUAUUCUAAAGCAAUAUCGAGAGAAAACAUACUUUGAAAGUUAAACAAACUUGGGAGAUGUAAGUUAUCUACAUGAAGGAUACUGUUGAGGGAUACUGGGAGACAAUAUCAUGAAACACAAGAAACUGAAAGAGAAGGAAAUGUUAUAUUUGUAGGUGCACAUAGAUGGGGCAGACAAACAGACUGAUACAUAGAAGUUUAUAAAUAGCAUUUGAAUAUCCUCCUUGCACUUCGCGAGUGAUAACAAAAAGACUUCAAGACAGACAAAAGUAUAGACAUAUAUUUCUUAACUUUCUUUUUUUUCAAAAUACAAAUCUCAAUGAAUAUAGAAUUAACAUGCGUUAAUGAUGAACAUGCGUUAAUGACCGUAUAGCUUCUUUAUUUAAUAAAAACUUAGAUGCCCAUUGACUGAUCAGAUAAUAAGAUAAUUUAAUUAAUGACAUGAAUAAAUGUGUAGCAUAUUGAAAAUGUUAAAAUCUGCUGAUUUGUUACCCAUUCUUUUCACCUGCUGCCAAAGUUAAACUUUUUCAAACCGCGUGACAUUCCUUCAGAAGGUAUACACAAAUAUUGCAGAAUUUCCACCGCAUAACGAUGUUCUAGCUAACAGUAUCAGUAGAGUCUCCAGAAGAAUAUAACAUAUUAAAAUAAAGUACAUAUGAUUUUAAUUUACAUUUUAGUAAUAUACUGGUACUUAUUCGCAAAUAUAGAAAUGAAAGAAAUUUCGAAUCCUCAUAUAGGCCUAUAAUCACAAAUAUCAUGCACGAACAUAUAGAAUUUUUAUUCAGUGAAAUCAAAUGAUUCAACUGUAAUUUUUAUUUAUAGACAUAUUCCUCUU